AUUACCUCAGCGUUGACUUACCUUCGCGUAGUUCUGUUCUUUAAUUUUCAUGCAUUUCAUUCUAUUCUAGUGACUCCACUCAAUUAUAAAUCACAGGGUUAUAUUUUAUGGACCUAUCAAUGGUGUUUGCAUAAUUUCUUCACAUUGUUUACAAGUAUAUACAUGCUUGAUAUGGUUCCAUUGAAUUUAAUAAUUACCUGAUUGUUGCUAAAACCCUUUUUAUUCACACAAUUUUGCUAAAAUCUCGCAGAAAUCAUUAAUAUGAAGUUGUGUUCUCUGAAUUGAUUCCGUCCAAUUUUAUUUUAUGAAAGGAAGCGGAUUUGAAAAGGAGUUGCAGAAUGGAGUCAAAUCAGGCAGCUUCUUCCAUGGAUGUUGAGACUGUCCCAUCUGAAGUCAAGCUUUUGCCACCAAAGCCAAAAUUUGAGCCUUUGAAGCCUCAUGAGAUGUCUGAUGGUCAGGUUCAGUUCCGCAAGGUGAAUGUUCCACCUCAUCGAUAUACCCCUCUCAAGAAAGCUUGGAUGGAUAUCUAUACUCCCAUAUAUGAACAGAUGAAAAUUGAUGUUCGUAUGAAUUUGAAGGGUCGUAGAAUUGAGCUGAAAACAAGGCCUGAUACCCCUGAUAUUAGUAACCUGCAAAAAUGUGCUGAUUUUGCCCAUGCUUUCAUGCUGGGUUUUGAUGUCAUAGAUGCCAUUGCUCUUUUGCGUUUGGAUGAGCUCUACAUUGAGUCCUUUGAGAUCAAGGAUGUUAAAACACUUCGAGGCGAUCACUUGUCUCGUGCUAUUGGAAGGUUAUCUGGUAAAGGUGGUAAAACAAAGUUCGCCAUUGAGAAUGCAUCAAAGACAAGGAUUGUGAUUGCUGACACCAAAAUUCACAUAUUGGGAUCUUUUUCCAACAUAAAGAUUGCCAGAGACUCUCUCUGUAGCCUGAUCCUGGGAUCUCCGGCAGGAAAGGUGUAUUCAAAACUAAGAGCAGUUACUGCCAGAUUGGCAGAAAGGUUUUGAUCUUCUCCUAAUCAUAAACAUGAUCAUUUUUUGUUCCCAUAGAGUUUUCUAUAAUUUCUCUUAGAUCAAGCAUGAUGAGGAUAAGUUAUUGUGAAGAAGUUGCUUCGGCAAUUCAGCUAUUUGUUAAGUUCAAACCUAAGUUGUGGGUGUAAGAGCAUCUCUGUAAAAGUGAAGUUUUGCCUGUGACCUUGGACAUUACGUCAUUAUAGAUUAGAGUAAUUUAUGAAUUUUUACUGAUUGAUUGUUACAGAAAAACUAGUUAAGUUCUGUCUCCCAAUUUGCCUGGUUCAUCAUCAAGACCUCAAGGGUCAAUAGACCAUCAAUUAUUAUUUACUUAUUUUUUCAUCUUCA